UGCUUCUCACUUUCAAGCUAAGUUUCUGUGGCGAAAGACGUGCACGAUUGCUGUCUCCAAAGCGGCGGCACCUGGUUCUGUGUAGUGUUUUUUUUUCCACCCCAUUUUUCCGCUCUUCAGUGCUCCAACCCCAUUUCACAGCGGAAGAGAGUGUUCCAUCUGGGGGCUUUAUUUGGAGAAGUGUUGAAAAAUUUCGCGUGUAAUCACCAACAAUGUCGACGGCAUUGCGUUCUUCAUAUUCUAUGCAGAGUAUGGAAAGCCUUUAUACAAAUAGCUCCAAGUUUUCCGCGCUUCAUCGACGCAAGGCGGCUGCUAGGCAACCGGCCAUCGUGAUUACCUCCAACAGCGAUGUACGACACCGGGUAAUGUCGGCGCGAAUGUUGCGUCUGAAGCAAAUGCAAAACCAGCUUGAAGCGGCCAAUAUGGUCAUUGCGGAACUGACAAAAGAUAAUCGUUUGCUGAAGUCUGUACAGAAACGUCAGGAUUCUGCCCUUUCCAAGUACGUCAACUCGAACGCGGAACUUCCAAAGUUGCUCAAUUCGCACGCGGAAGAGAUCCGUACCUGGCAAACGAAGUACCGUAACCUUCAGAAUCAAAACAGGGAACUGAACGGCAAGCUGAAGGCGAAGGAUGCGCAUAUACUAACGAUUACGGAUCAGAAUAAGCACCUAGUGCAGCUCAACAAAGAUAAACAUUUGGAAGAACGCGAAAGACUGGCAGACAGGGUACGAUACUUGGAAAACCGGCUCAUGGAGAAAGACAACGAUGCCAAAUUACUCGCUAGGAGACUGCAACUGGAAACGAAAAAUUUCAAAGCACAGCUACAGCAGGAAGUGUUGAAGCAACGCGAAAUGGCCCAAAAGCUGGAACGGUCACAUCAUGAAAUCAAUCGCUUGAACUCUGUUAUUGAGAUAUACGAGAAACGCACGCCUUCAACGUUGCUGAAGAACAGUAGCUUUCUGAUGAAGACGACUCCCAAGCCUUCUUCGGGACAACAGCAGCAACAUCAGCAAAUGGUUCGAUAUGCGAACGGUGUUACUCAUAAGUCACCUUUUCCGAACUUUUCCGAACCUUCGCCUGUAACCAAUCUGGACAUGAGCCCAAAAAUCAAACCUAUUCACGAUGGCGAAGGAGAUAACAAAUCUCCCGUUGUUAGCCCAAGAACUCUAGUACCACUUUCGCCUCAUGAGGAUGCGCCUCCGGUUCCACAGAACUCGUCCAAACCUAGGAAGAAACACGGUUCAAAGAAGCAGAAAUCUGACGCCCAAUCGGAUGAGGCCAGCACCAACGAAAAACCGGAAGAACAUCAGUACGAUGAGGGCAUGUGUUCCGAAUUCAACCAGUACGCGUUGGAGCAAGAGGCCGAAUUCGACAAAGCAAUUGCUUCGGAACUGUUUCGCUUGCAAACGGAAAUGGGUUCUGGUACGUCGAAACUACCGAAAACCCAAACCAUUAACCGUUACAGUGCAACGACGGAAACAUCAUACGAGGACGAUUACGAAACGGAUCAAUCGCCGGAAAAGACCGUAGAUCACCUGAGUGAAAUAUUCGAACAUAAAGCGCACAUCAGUCAGAUCGAAGAACAGUUUCGUGAGGUAAGCUCGUCGGCCACCACCAAUGGAUAUUCGACUGCAAAGGAUAGUGUGAAAGUACGUAGCAUGAAGAAGAGAAUGGUUAACUCCUCCGAAACGAACGAUUCGGACUCAAUCGAAAGCCGAGAGCAAUCGAGUCGUUCGUCGGCAGCAAAGGACCUGGAAGCAAUGAAGCAGGAAAUGCAUCAAAGUAUAUUGAAAAAGGAGGCGCUGCUGGACACGUUUUGUGACGAAUUCAAUGGAAAGGAACCAAUAAGAGCACCGCCACAACUUAACCGACCAAAAAUGGACAACGCGAAACGUACCCAGAUAGAUCCUAAAAAGAAACAAAACUUGCUGGAAGUGCUGAAGGCAAUCGAUGGUGAUAGUUUCGAGAAAUGAGCAUUGUAGUCACACGGUUCUAAUGCAAUGAUGAAAUUGAUGAAUCCUAUUUAUUGGCAGUAGCGCCAGGGACAGUGAAUAGAUUUAUUUUAUAAUAAAACUUAUCUUCGAAAUGGA